AUGGUACAUUGGAAUGCACCACCUUUACAUACGGCUGAUUGCAUCAUCACAAAUUCACUCGAUAAUUAUUUUAGUACAAUGAAAGAUAAAAAUUGGUUAUUUUAUAAAAACAGUGAACAAUAUCAAGCUUGGAAACUUGUUUCUUCUGGUUCAAUUAGUUUAAAUCGUUUACGAAAAGUGAAUGAUCAGCAAGUCGUAUUGAAAGAUAUUGUUUAUUCACCAAAUACUAACGAUAAUCAACCAUUCGAUACUAUAGCAGCCUAUCGAACAUUUACUAAUAAAACAAAAGAUUUUUGCCAAAAGCCAAUAAAUAUCGCCGAAGAUUCAAUAGAAACACUCAUACUUGUUCUUGAUGCUUUCACUUCAAAUUCGAUGUAUUUGGGUGAUGCGACCUGGCUUGGUUCUGACAAUAAUGAUGGCGCAUGGUCAGUCGUAUUUCAAGGAACACACCAAAACAACAUAAAGAAUGGUUCAUUUCAAUUUGAUGGAAUCGAAAUGAAUGAACCAGGACUCUGUUUAGCCACUCAUUGUGACAGUGAAUCUCACCCACGAUGUACAGAAGUAUUUCCUGUUAAAGUAUCUGAUGAAAAUACUGAAAAUUAUCGAAUGGUGUUUCAGUAUCGUAUUCAAUCGAAAAUGUUUACCGUUCAUGAAAGUUCAAUAGAGAAAAGAGAAACAUGGCGCUUUGUCGAUCCGAAUGCUAUUCAACCCUAUGGCUUAUUAUUAAAAAAAGAAGAAUCAUAA